AUGGCACUAGAUUCCCUCCUUCACCUGCCGCCCUACCUAUGGCUUUCACUCGUCCUCGCAGUACCCCUCGCAACGCUCCUUCACGAUGUCUGGGUAUGGAUCCGAAUGCCCCCAGGACCCACGCCUCUCCCGUUCCUCGGCAAUAAGCUCCAGCUACCCAAGUCGAAGCCCUGGAUCGAGUUCCAGAGAUGGUCCAAGAUAUACGGUCCCAUCUUUACGAUAUGGAUUGGUCGCAAGCCUACCGUCGUCAUAUCCGACCCGAACAUCGCUGUCGAGCUGAUGGAGAAGCGGAGCACGAAAUACUCGUCGCGACCACGUAUGGUAGUCAUGGGUGAGAUACUCUGGGACAAUGCUAGUAUACUAGUACAGCCAUAUGGUAAAGAGUGGAGUGUGCGAAGGAAGUUGCUACACCAGGCCAUGACUCCUAAGGCUCUAAGGCUAUACAAGCCGGUUCAGACCGCAGAGGCAUCACGAUUGUGCUACCAGCUGCUCGAAAGCCCUGCGAAUUGGGAGAAGCUCCUCGAGCGCUUCACCUCCAGUAUCGUAUUCUGUGUCGCAUACGGGCAUCGCAUCGACUCGCUCAAUGCCAACGUUAUCCACCAGCGCUUCAAAUUCAUGCAUGUCGCUGCGUCGCUCAACGUGCCCGGAAAGUACCUCGCCGAGUCAUUUCCCAUCCUCAAACAUGUUCCCGAUGCGCUGGCACCUUGGAAGGCAGACAUAAAGGCACGUGGUCGCGAGGAGGCAGCUGCGAACAUGGCUCUGGUGGAUGUUGUACGCUCGGAUCUAGCGAGGGCAAAAGUCCAGGGUGACGAUAUCCCAGAUUCGCUGUGCAAGCUUCUUCUAGAACUACGAGAGAAAGAGCACAUCCCGCUGUCGGAUCGCAACUUCUCCUACAUCCCAGCAUCGCUCUUUGGUGCUGGAUCUGAUACUACGGCAUCGACUCUAUGCACCGCCUUCCUGGCAUUGGUCACACACCCCGAGAGCUUACAUGCCGCCCACCGAGAGCUGGACACUGUCGUUGGCGCAGACCGCAGCCCUACAUUCGAAGACGAAGCGAGCCUUCCAUACAUUCACGCUCUCGUCAAAGAAGUUCUACGCUGGCGUCCCGUCGCAGUCCUAGGUGGCACACCCCAUGCAUCCACAGAAGACGAUCGUUACGAAGGCUACUACAUCCCUUCUGGCACCACCGUUCUAGGAAACUCGUGGGCCAUCAACCUAAACGAGGAGUACUAUCCUAAUCCACACCACUUCGACCCCACACGCUUUCUCGACGAAGCGCUCGCAGAACGCUCCAAGGCUCCCACGCCACUUACGGGCAAGCCUCAUCCAGCGAAAUCAGGUCACUCUUCGUUUGGAUGGGGAAGGCGCAUCUGUCCUGGCGCCAACCUCGCGGAAAACAGUUUGUACAUUGCGCUAGCGAAGAUUCUGUGGGCAUUCGACAUCCAGCCCAGGGAAGGGGUCAAGUAUGAUACCUUUGCGUAUACAGAGGGCUUCAACAUCCGGCCGCAGAAGUUUGAGUGUGAGAUUCGCGUCAGGAGUGAGGCACAUAGGCAAGUGUUGAUGGAAGAUUUGAAGAACGCGGAGAACGUUUUGGAGAAGUUCACGCCUUUCCAAGAAUAUUUAAGCAUACAUGAUUGA